UUCAUUCAUUGCUAUCCUUCUCUUCCCCGCCCUCUCCUAAAACCAGAAAAUAAAUAAAUACACACACACACACACAUAUAUAUAUAUUAUAUUAUAUUCAAUAAUUUUACUAUAAUCAACAAAAACCUAUAUAUUAUGUACAUGUAAAUAUCGUCUUCCUCUAUCCCAAAAACCCUCAUUUGCUUCUUCGCUUGUUUUUAGUUCCUGUCUGACAUAAAUCCCCAAACAAUCAAAAACCCAUAGACGGCCAUAAAGGAUAACAUUUUUGCACCUCCUAAAAAUGUUCUGUUUAUUCUUAUCUUCAAAUAUUUGAUUUUUUCUUCUCACUUUUUUGCUCGAGUGUCGAUUUUCCGUGAUUGGCUUGGGUGGUUUUGUUGAUGGGGACGAGGGCAUGGGAAACGGGGGUGGUGAUGCUGGCGUUAUUGUGGGCGAGGCUAACGUGCGCCGCCUUAGUAUACUCCGCUAGGGUUCCGUUUUGUUCCGUUGAGCCUGCUGUGGAAUCGAUCUUAGGGUUUCGUGAUCGGUACUACUGUUUCCUACACGAGGCUGCUACUGAUGGAUCUCCCAAUAUUAUUGCUGUUACCGAGGGAAAUGAGGUCUCGCUACAGAAGGCACUGAAUAUGGUACACAAGAGCAGUCAUGAAUAUGUGGCUGUGCUCUUCUAUGCAUCUUGGUGCCCUUUCUCUAGGUCUUUUAGACCAUGUUUCUCUGUCAUCUCUUCUUUGUAUCCCUCCAUCCCUCAUUUUGCUAUUGAAGAGUCAGCCGUAAGGCCAAGCAUACUCUCUAAGUAUGGAGUUCAUGGGUUUCCAACUCUAUUCCUUUUGAAUUCUACAAUGCGUGUGCGUUAUCAUGGCUCUCGAACUCUUGGUUCAUUAGUUGCUUUUUACAGUGAUGUUACUGGUAUUAAGACUCCAUCACUGGACAAAACAUCCUUGGAGAAAAUUGGACACUCAUCGAAUAUAGAGAAGCACGAUAACAUUGACCUGGAAAGCUGCCCGUUCUCGUGGGCAAGAUCCCCAGAGAAUUUGUUUUGCCAAGAGACAUACUUGGCUCUGGCUACAAUGUUUGUGCUGUUGAGACUACUAUACCUAUUAUGUCCUACUCUGCUAGCCCUUGCUCAGUUCACUUGGAGGUGGAUCGUCCAAAAUGUUAGACUGGAUAGUUUGUUGGAGCAUCCCGUGGCUUUUCUGAAUAGAGCAAUACAGUUGCUCAACUCUCUGAAGGAACCUUGUAAGAGAAGCAAUCUGCAGGAAGGAGCAAUGAAUGCCAAAGCGUGGGCUUCUAAAUCUCUUGCUACCGUUUCAAUUGGGGAUGCAAGCACAAGCAGGGUUGCAUCUGGUGAAUGCCGGUGACCAACUAUCUCCCCAAAAUGGGAAGGGAGAUGAUAUUCCUUUGAGAGGUCUGGCCGCACAGGCCACUAAUCACAAAGUUCUUUUUCGGCAAGAAUUUCCUUGGUAAGGAGUUUGGGAUACAAUGAUGGCAAUGAAAGCAAAAUAACAUUGUAUCCUGAGGUUGUAGUAAUUGAUUUUUCUAUGUCUAUAUGGUUUAGAGAACAAUUAGUUUUAUUUUUCAAACUCCAGGUGGAUCCAAAUAUACGGUUGUCAUUUUGCUCGACUGUGCCCCUUUUUCCUGUCCUUUGGUUUGGUUCAGUAGCUUCUUAAUUAUGUAUCUCUCGGAAUUACUUGUUAUAUUUCUGCAGGCCCAGAUGGGGGUGUGUCAUAAAUUCAGACAGAGCGGGGAAAUUCCAGUGAAAUUUUUAAGAGAAAUGUCAAAUGUAUAAAAAUUUGUGAAAAGAAUUAUACAAUCACAUUUGUCUGA